GAAUAAUGCUCAAACUGAACCCUUACGCCAAGACAGCAAGAAGAAAUGCCAUCCUCGAGCACGACCCUACGCCUCACAAUGCACAAGAUGACCAACACAGACCUAAGCAGGAUUCUGAAGAGUGAGGAGAUCCAGAAAGCGCUUUCUGCACCAAAUAAGAAGAUCAACAGCAGAGUGCUGAAGAAGAAUCCUCUGAAGAACUUGAGGUUAAUGCUCAAACUGAAUCCUUACGCCAAGACAGCGAGUGCACCAAACAAGAAGAUCAAUAGCAGUGUUCUGAAGAACUUGAGGAUAAUGCUAAACUGAACCCUUACGCCAAGACAGCAAGAAGAAAUGCCAUCCUCAAGCACGACCCUACGCCUUGCAAUGCACAAGAUGACCAACACAGACCUAAGCAGGAUUCUGAAGAGUGAGGAGAUCCAGAAAGCGCUUUCUGCACCAAGCAAGAUCAAUCGCAGAGUUCUGAAGAAGAAUCCUCUGAAGAACUUAAGAAUAAUGCUCAAACUGAACCCUUACGCCAAGACAGCGAGUGCACCAAACAAGAAGAUCAAUCGCAGAGUUCUGAAGAAUACCUCUGAAGAACUUGAGGAUAAUGCUCAAACUGAGGAGAUCCAGAAAGCGCUUUCUGCACCAAAUAAGAUCAACCGCAGAGUUCUGAAGAAGACUCCUCUGAGGAUAAUGCUCAAACUGAACCCUUACGCCAAGACAGCAUGCCUUCCUCAAGCACGACCCUUCGAUCAAGGCCAAGAUGCUGAAACCCAAGAAGAAGCCUGUAAAGAAUGAUAAUGUGAUAUUAAGAUGUUGUCAUAAUAAAACAAGGAUUUCAAAUUCA